UCUAAGCUCGACCAUGAAGCACAUCAGCUUUGUAGUGGUUUAUAUUAUAAUUUUUGGACUUUCGUCGUCCAAUUUUUUGGACUGCCAUUUGCAAGAUACUGCAUACAGGGAAAUAAAACGCUUCUUCCCAUUAGAAUGGAAAAGAGCAUCUAACCUUGGAGGCAAACUGAUGUGCCAAUUGGACAGUAGAAAUUGUAGAGGGUUUUUUGUUGGUAAGAAAUUUGUUGGUCAUGCCAUGCUUGAUGAUAACUACAGCAAAAUAAGAAAAAAUAGUAAAAUGCAACAAGCAAUAAUCAAAUAUGAAACCGUACCUUAUGGCUCAAACAAUUAUGAGAAAUGGAACUAUUAAGUUAAAAUGUAUUAUCAGGUGUUUCAAAUAUAGAUGUGAAUUUUCUUUGAAUAAUAAUUUUAAUAAGUUAUAGCUUAGAA